GGGCGCUGACAGUCAGCUGAGCCCUGACUGACAGCCCGGAAAGUUUCCCUGUCGCUAUACUCCUAUGCUAAUGAGCCCGGGCGGCGGGCGCCCAUUGGCCCAGCCCCGAGCCCGUGUCCCGUGUGACGUCAGGGGCGCUAUAAAACCCCGCAAUGCUUUAAACUCUCCUGCCGGAUCAAACCUUUAAAUAUUUUUCAUCUUCUUGCUGUAGCUUUGAGGCCGAGUUGUUGUGUGUUUUUUUUUCCUCUCUCUCCUUUUUUUUUUUUUUGUUUUUAACUCUUCUAAUUAUUGUUAUUAUUAUUUUGGUUGCGAUACAGACUCUGAUUUUUUUUUAAAUUUUUUUCGCCUUUGCUCUCUCUCCCUCCUCCCUCCCCCGAUGAACCUCUCUCUUCGCUCUGCACUUUGCACGAGAGAGCCCAGAGGAAAGGCACCAUGAAGUGUUAAAAAAUAACAAAACAAAACAACAACAACAAAUUUACUCGCAACAACACCAGCUAACACUUCCAGCUGCGGUUCGCGAGCUGCGAAAGAGAGCGAGGAGAGAGAGAAGGGAGGGAGAGAGGAGAAAAAAAAACCCUCUAUGCAAAAGGCGAAUAGCGAGAGCCCCGCGCUCUGAUGCAUCAGCGGAGCCUCUGCGAGGGAUAACGCGGAGCGGGAGCGGAGCCGCCGGGGCGGACCGGAGCGGAGGCAGAGCAGGAGAGCGGAGCGGAGCUCGCCAAAAAUCAAGCUGGCUCACCCGGUGGCGACUCAGAGCAGCCCCCUCGCUCCCGGAGCGCACCCUUUCUGGAGGACUCUCGGCAGCAAAAGGAUGGCAUCAGAGCUGGCGAUGAGCAGCUCCGACCUGCCCACCAGUCCCCUGGCCAUGGAAUAUGUUAAUGACUUCGAUCUGAUGAAGUUUGAAGUGAAAAAGGAGCCGGUGGAGACCGAUCGCAUUAUCAGCCAGUGCGGCCGCCUGAUCGCCGGGGGAUCGCUCUCCUCCACCCCGAUGAGCACGCCCUGCAGCUCCGUGCCCCCGUCCCCCAGCUUCUCGGCGCCCAGCCCCGGCUCCGGCUCCGACCAGAAGACCCACCUGGAAGACUACUACUGGAUGACGGGGUACCCGCAGCAGCUCAACCCGGAGGCGCUGGGCUUCAGCCCCGAGGACGCGGUGGAGGCGCUGAUCAACAGCAGCCACCACCCGCUGCCCGGCGCCUUCGAUGGCUAUGCUAGAGGGCAGCAGCUGGCCGCGGCCGCCGGCGGCUCCGUGCCGGCCGAGGAGAUGGGCUCGGCGGCCGCCGUGGUGUCGGCGGUGAUCGCCGCGGCGGCGGCGCAGGGCGGCGCGCCCCACUACCACCACCACCACCACCGGGAGCGCCCACCUUUGCCGCAGGACUGCUUGCUGAGGACUAAUUGGAACUGCUCUGCUCUGAAUAACCUACAUUCAUUAAUCACCCCUUGCUUGACUCUGGCCUCAAUCCUGCUCCCAUUGAACUCGAAGGAGCUGCCCACCGGCCCCGGGGCCGCGGCCGGCCGGGGUCUCUCGGGGGGCUGCCGGACUCUCCGGCUGGGCCGCCACGUGAGGGGGCCCGGGCACGACCCUCCCCCGAGCCCGUGGGCUGGAGGGGCUGCCCAGCCCCGGGGUCCCACCACGGCCAGGACGGGCCGGGAGGGGCGGGAAGGUGAGGGCCGCAUCGUCUGUUUGUUUGCUUGCUUGUUUGUUCGUCUCUAA